ACUAGUACAAUAUUACUACUAUUGUUUAUUGCAUGUAUCAUUUUCAGUUUUCAGUUAACACUGAGGCUUUGAGCUUGUUUUGAAGUACGUGCCUGGCUGGAUCAGAGUGGAACGCCAAUUUAUUAGAGGUGAGAAGCGACUUGCGUGUGGAGUGAAGAAGAUUAACGAAGGAUGGAAUCUGGGUCUAGCGAAGGAGAAGAGGUGCAGCAACGCGUGCCGUUGAGGGAGAGAGUGGAGUGGUCAGAUGUUACUCCGGUUCCUCAAAACGACGGCCCUAACCCUGUCGUUCCGAUCCAGUACACUGAAGAGUUUUCCGAAGUUAUGGAUUACUUUCGCGCCGUUUACCUCACCGAUGAACGCUCCCCUCGCGCCCUCGCUCUCACAGCCGAAGCCGUUCAAUUCAACUCCGGCAACUACACUGUGUGGCAUUUCCGACGGUUGUUACUUGAGUCGCUAAAAGUCGACUUGAACGAUGAACUGGAGUUUGUGGAGCGUAUGGCAGCUGGAAAUUCUAAAAAUUAUCAGAUGUGGCAUCAUAGACGAUGGGUUGCCGAGAAGUUAGGUCCUGAAGCUAGAAACAAUGAGCUCGAGUUCACCAAAAAGAUACUGUCCGUUGAUGCCAAACAUUAUCAUGCAUGGUCUCAUAGACAGUGGGCUCUUCAAACACUAGGAGGAUGGGAAGAUGAACUUAAUUAUUGCACAGAACUACUUAAAGAAGACAUUUUUAACAAUUCUGCUUGGAAUCAGAGAUAUUUUGUCAUAACAAGGUCUCCUUUCUUGGGGGGCCUAAAAGCUAUGAGAGAGUCUGAAGUGCUUUACACCAUUGAAGCUAUUAUAGCCUACCCUGAAAAUGAAAGCUCGUGGAGAUAUCUACGAGGACUUUAUAAAGGUGAAACUACUUCAUGGGUAAAUGAUCCUCAAGUUUCUUCAGUAUGCUUAAAGAUUUUGAGAACUAAGAGCAACUACGUGUUUGCUCUUAGCACUAUUUUAGAUCUUAUAUGCUUUGGUUAUCAACCAAAUGAAGACAUUAGAGAUGCCAUUGACGCCUUAAAGACCGCAGAUAUGGAUAAACAAGAUUUAGAUGAUGAUGAGAAAGGGGAACAACAAAAUUUAAAUAUAGCACGAAAUAUUUGUUCUAUCCUAAAACAAGUUGAUCCAAUUAGAACCAACUAUUGGAUUUGGCGCAAGAGCAGACUUCCUCUAUCAGCUUAGUGACCAAAGUAAUUAAAGGGCAACUCUGUGUUAUGUGUAACCUAGUUUAUUGAAACUGGAUGUUUUUUUAUUAUUAUUUUUUAUGUUGUCAUGUAUCUGUUUGUGCAAAUUUAUCUUUUUGUCAUGCCAUUACUGGCAUUUGAGUGUAAGGAUUGAAAGCCAUGCAGAAUAAGAAAUUUAAGUUUUUUUUUCCGUUGAAA